AUGAAUGUAGAAGGACCUUCAGGUUUCCUUAAUGCACCUGUAACCAAAUUUUUGGUGCCUCUUGUAGGUGGUUGUUCUGCAUUAGCUUAUAUAAUUAAAGCAGGAUCUGGAAUGUCUCUUCAAGUUUCUCAAUUAACAGUAACUGGCCAAUUGUGGAGAAUAUUUAGUUCACCUUGGACAUUUAAUAGUGUUGGUACAACUGUCAUUGGAACAUGGUUAAUCUAUAAGCUAAGAAUUAUUGAAAGAAGAUAUGGAAGUGCAAAAUAUGCAGCCUUUAUAUUUAUAUCCUUUGUUCUAUCUACUUUAUUACAAGCAGGUGUAUCUGUCACAGUAGGUUCUAGAAUUGGAUUUAGAUCAAUUGCUUCAGGACCUUAUGCAAUUCUAUUUUCUAUUUUGUAUCAAUUUCAUAAAAUGAUUCCUCCUAGUUAUCAAGUGAAAAUGUUGGGUACAACCAUGUCAGAUAAAACAUAUACAUAUUUUGCAGCAACACAGCUAUUAUUGACAAAUUCAACAUCAUCUAUGAUCCCUUGUAUAUGUGGUCUUACUGUAGGUGUUUUGUAUGAUAGAAUAAAUACAUUAAAGCAAUGGCGAUUUCCUAAAUGGAUAAGAAGAUUGACAUGGAGAUAUAUUUUACCUGUUUUGAAUACAAAUAGUAAAAGGAGACCAAGAGAAGAAAGGAUUAAAGAAGAAGAUAUAAAUACAAUCUUGGGCAUGUUCCCUAAUUAUUCAAGAGAGAAUAUUAAAGAUGCAUUGAUAAAAUCUAAAUCUGAUUUAAAUCGUGCAGUUGAAUUAUUAUUAUUAACAGCGAAAGAAGUAGAUGAAUAG